GCUUACCCCACAUUUUUUUUUAGAUACCCGUAACCUUUUCCUAAACUUUUCUCCAAACAAUACCCUCCUACCUUCUUCGUACAAUCAUCACUUAAGACUUUUGAUGGUGGAAAAAAUAUGGAGAACACAACACUUAAUUAUACACAACAGAGUAUGAAACAGUUAUCUCUAAACACAUUAGAUCAAGGUCAGAACUAUCGUGGAACUACCGUUUCAUAUGUUACCCUCACAAAUAAUUAUCCUUUACGCACAACGUUUACAGCUUUAGAUACAAAGGAAAAUUUUAUAGAAGAUGAAAACAACGAUAGAACCCUGAUCCAACCUUCUCAUGAUUCGACACUGGCGAAUAAUCAAGAUAAUCUUCUGCUUUCAGCCAUAGCAUUCAAUGUUGUUGAAGAAACUGAACAGGAUCAUCAUCUCCACGCUCGUCAUGUCAUCAACAAUAUGAACAGCAAUAGCAGCCCCUCGGAACAGUUCGGAAAAGUCAUGAAUAUCUUCAUCAGUCAUCAAUCCAACAAAAAUAAUGCUUCUUCUAUAACAGCCGACAAUGUUACGAAUACUAAAAUCUCUCCCCUAGAGGAAGAAAAGCUGGGUUCAUCCGAUACAAUGAAGCAUUUGAUUGCAGGCGGUGUUGCAGGUGCUAUUUCCAGAACGGUAGUCAGUCCAAUGGAAAGAAUGAAAAUUCUAUUUCAAAUACAAGGUCCUCAUAUGCCUGCAUAUACUGGUAUAUGGUCAACAUUAUCUCGAAUUUGGAAAGAGGAAGGAUGGAAGGGUUUUAUGAAAGGCAAUGGCACAAAUGUAAUACGCAUGAUUCCCUACAGUGCUUCGCAAUUUGCUGCUUAUGAACAAUGCAAAAAGAUUCUUCUCGCAACCAAAACAGAAAAUAGAACAGAAUUAGAUACACCAAGACGUCUCAUUGCUGGCGUUGUUGCAGGCACAGUGUCCGUCACUUGUACAUACCCAUUAGAUCUAGUCAGAACGCGACUUUCCAUACAAUCUGCCUCCCUUUCUGUCAGUCAAAAAGGCAACAAUGAUCAAUCACUUCAUAGUCACCAACAGCACAUGAAAAAACCAUCAGGCAUUAUUUCCACCACACGAUUGAUAUAUAGAACAGAAGGAGGUUUACGUGGUCUCUAUCGCGGAUUAUGGCCCACGACUUUGGGUGUUGCGCCCUAUGUUGCGUUGAAUUUUCAAUGCUAUGAAGUCUUGAAAGAUUAUCUUAUACCUGCUGAUACUCCCAGUAAUGGCGGUCUUUACAAGCUAUUCUGCGGCGCUUUGGCAGGCUCCAUUGCACAAACAAUCAUUUAUCCUUUAGACGUACUCCGUCGAAGAUUCCAAGUAGUAGGAAUGAGUCAUGCUGAAUAUCAGUAUAACGGUACUUGGCAUGCCUUGACAACAAUGGCCAAAAAGGAAGGCGUUCGUUCGCUGUACAAAGGGCUCGUGCCCAACUAUUUAAAAGUAGCACCGGCAAUGGGAGUUACGUUUUACUCUUAUGAAUUAUGCAAAGAACUUAUGCAUGCCAAAUAGUAUUUACACAGUGAUGGAGUCUAUCGCUUCCUGUAGAAUAAUGUUAUUUUAUACGUCUCAAAUUAAUCUCACUUUUAGACCUACUUAUUCCUUUUACAAGGUGAAAAGAAAUUCAAGACAAUAUAGAUUGAAUAAACUAUCUAAACAUUUGU